AUAUCGUUAGGUAUAUAAGGUUGAUUAACAAUUAAGACAACUGUCAAUCAGUUGAUUCCUUUUUUUCGGUGAACAUCACGGAAAAAGAUGAAUCUCUUCGGACUUUUGUGCCUGCUUGUAAGCACCGUUCUAGUAAACGGUAGCAUCCAAUCCAAUGAUAAAAAGAUUAUCAGCUCCAAACAAUACCUUUUAACUUUCCCCCAAAUUUUAUCAUCCACUGGAAACAAAAUUUGCUUGACUUUACUCGAUGGAUAUGUUCCAGAGGAAAAGGACCUUCGUGUUAUCUCCAGUGAUGCUGAAAAUCGUACAGUUUUCUCUGAAACUUUCAGAGUUGAAAAAGACACUCAAUGUUUCGCUCUCGAAACUAAGGACAUCAAGUCAACCUACGUUAAUUUGAGAGUCCGAUUGGGAGCUGAUAUUGAUGUCGCUCAAAUUGUACCAUUCCAGCCAUCAUAUGGUAUGUCAAUGAUCGAAACCAGCAAACCAGUCUACCAACCUGGUGAAAAUCUCAGGUUCCGAGUUAUUGGUUUUGAUGGAUCAAUGAAACCAUUGAGAAGUGAUUUCGUUUCAAUUGCUCUUUUAAAUCCUGAGAAUGUAAAAAUCAUGGAAUGGCCCGGAAAGGCACUAGAGAAAGGAAUGAACCAUUAUGAAACUGAACUUUCCUCAAACAACAAAGAAGGUAUCUGGAAGAUUGUUGGUUUAACCAAAUCAGGUGAAGCCGUCGAGAAAUUAUUCCAAGUUGCCAAAAAAAUUCAACCUGAAGUUGUCCUAAGAAUCACUCAGGGUGAAAAGUUCAUUGUUGCAAAUGAAGAUAAACACCGAAUGGUCGUAUGUGCUGAAGACAAACACGGAGCUCGAUUGAAUGGAGGCUUAGUCAACGUCAAAGUUGGAAAUCACCUCGUUAUUCGAGAGAAUCCUCUUGAGGAGGAUGGCUGUGUCCACUUCCACCUCAAAAAUGAGACAUUCCGUUUUGAUGCCUUGGUUGGAAAAAAUAUUCAAGGAUCAAUUGAAUAUAUCAAUCGAGAAACUGGCGUUCGUGAAUACAUACCAUUCUAUCUUCCAGUUGUACUAGCCCAAGUGCACCUUCGAGUACCUUCCAGUGCAUUAGUCAAAAGCUACUACAAAUCAGGUCUUCCUUACUUUGGAUAUUUAAUCGUUGAAACCCCUAACUAUACUCCACUUGCUAAUGCUGAAGUUGAAAUCUGUUUCAAAAUCGCAAGCAAACCUUUCCAAUUCGAGGAUUCUCAUGAGAAAUCAUGUAAAAUCUUAACCUCAUCAGCUAAUGGACUAAUCAAAUAUGUUAUUCCCCCUGUUCCCGAAUUUGUUAAGCAAAUCAUCGUUGAAGCUUCAAUUCCUGGCGUUGCCGAUCACAAACAAACCUUCGUUAUCAAUCCCUGGGUUGAACAAAGCGCUACUCAAUUUAUCAUCAAACCAAUUCUUCGAAUCGAUUCCUGCGAAAGUAUGCCUGAAGCUACUCAAUUUACAGUUAUCAUGACUCGAAAUGGCACUGCUUUAUUUAAUAAGUUGUACCUUCAAUCAGCUGGUCGAGUUUCUUCAGCUCAAACCAAGUCUGUUAAGCUUACCCCAACUCCAUAUGUUCCAGAGUCCGAUAUCCUCAUUGGAAACUGGCCCGAAUCAGCUGAAAUCUACUCUGCAAACAUCUACCGAGAAAUUGAUGCCGAAUCAGACAAACAUUCCGUUAUGAAUAGAAUUGUCAUGUACGGUCUUGACUCUAACGGUAAUCUCAUCUCUGACUCAGUUGCAUACCUUAAGGAUUGUUUGAAAGACGAAUCUUUAAUGUCUGUUAAUGUUGACAAGAACAAUAGAAUUGCUGUUGAUCUUAAGGUUCCACAGGGUGUUCCUUGUUCAGUUGCCGUUGGUACCUCAGCAGAACGUGGUCGAUUGACUGAACAAAAAAUCAAUAAAUUGUUAGAAAAGUUUGACGAUAUCUACGCUAAAAGCUUUGAAUGGGACCGAUGCAGUUUAGCUAAAUUAGAGCGAAACACCAACCGACCUUUAAUUGCUGAUUUCAAGAACAAUUGGGAUACCUUCAAAGAAAUGGGUUUACGUGCAGUUUACACAAAAUCUGACAUUUUCAACAAGUCAUGUGAUUGGGAAGUUUUCGAUGAAGCAACAGUAAACAAAUCACUCCAAGGUUUACUUGCUGUUCAACACACUCUUCCUUAUCCUGAACACAUUAUGACUUCUCUUGCUGACUCAGCUAACAUGGCUCAAUUGAAUCAAUUGGAAAACUCAUUGAUCAAUGAUGUUUUGUUCUGGGGACCAAAAGAAAACUUACAAGAUUUCCUUAAAUCUCUUAAGGAAUCUGAUCUUGCAGGCAAAUCAGAAAUUGCUGUUCAUGCUAUCUGUAUGGAUCAAGUUCGAGGAGUUAGAUCACAUUCCGUUGUAAAGCGAUUGAAUACUCAACCAAUCUACAUGCAGCAUGAUUUACCAAUAAUCAUCUACCAAGACACUAUCCAAAACGUUAGCCUUUACAUCAAGCGAGACCAAUCAUCCAUGAAACAAACAGAAUGUAUUCCAGUUGAAUUAGUUUUUGAGAGAUCCGACGCUUAUGAAAUCGUUUCUGAAGCUCAACCACGAAUUUGUUCAUGCUCCAAGGUUACCAAAGUACCUUUGAGAAUUAAAGCACUCAAAACUGGUCCUCUUAACCUUAAAGUCGUUGCUCGAUUCUCUUCAUCUUUGGCUUCUGCUGAAUGUACCUCAGAAAUCGAAAGUUUUGAACCUCAACAGGUUGCUAUCAGAACCAGAGUUGAAUCCUACAAUCCAAAGAUAACUCUUCGAAAAUAUGAGUUAGCCUGCAAAAAUCUCCCUAAAGCUCGAAUUGGAUCCGAUGAUGAUGAAACUAUUCUCAUUGCUCAAGAUUUAGCCAACAUUUUUAUUAAACAAAUCCGAGAUGACAAAUCUAUCCGAACCGAUAUUCUUGAAGUUUUGGCUCGAUUCAACGGAUUAGCUGAUAUGUACAUCCGAAAUGAAAAGAAGUUGCCCCGAUCUUUGUCUCGCAGCAUGGUCGGAGACCUUUACAAAUUAGUUGAAGAACUAUCUCACUACAAAUUACCUCGUGGACCAUUCUCAUUCAACUCAGGUAACCAACGUGUACCAUCACUCGUAGCUACCUCAUUGGCUUACAAAGCUAUCGCUAAAAUCCAAGAUAAAUUGCCCCAAUUCAGCGGUGCUGAUCUUCUUACCGAAAGUUUUGAAUUUAUUGCUGGUAGUAUGAUGAAAGACGGAUGUUUCCGCCCUAAGACUUACAGCAAUAUGCCAAUCAAUCUUUGGCCUUUCGACCAUCAAGUUUCACCAAAGGAAUUGACUGCUUUUGUUGCUUCUACUCUUGUCGAAGUCAAACAAACACCUAGAAUUGUCUUGAAACGAUGUUUGAAAUGCAUUGAUAAUCUUGAAGCUGAACAAUCAGAUUAUUUGACCCGAGCUAUGACUGCUUUCUUGUACGCUAAAAUGAACAGAACCGAAUCAGCAAAGAAACUUAUUCGAGAUUUGGAAAGUGAAUUAACUACCAUCCAAAAUCGAGGAGAAAGAAGAAUUCCUGAGCGAUUCAUGUCAGAGGCUAUGGAUAACUUGAAGUCUAACGAUGAAAAUCUUCGAGCUUUAGCUUAUUUAGUCAAGGCUAAACUUGCAUUGAACCAAACAGAAUCAAUUGAACAACAUAUCCAAAAGUUGAUUGGCUCAAACCUUUCCCUUAACGAUCCUUUGAUUGUUGAUACAAUUGUCGAAGCAUGGCGAAUCCUUUCAACUGGUGAUAAGUCAGUUAUUGCUGAGAUCGAUUCUAAGAGAAUCUCUCUUGAAAAAUUUGAAAUGAAGAAAAUCGAAUUACCACAAGAGGAGAAGAGUUUGGACUUUGAUUCAUCUAAAGGAUGUCUAAUCUUAGAGCGAGUUCGAGAGAUCCCUGUCAGUAAAUAUGAAAGAAAUUACCCUGUCAGUUCUGAAGAAAAGAGAGAAGAUAGCUGGGAACUUAAAAAAGGAGAGACUCCAGCUCCAUACAUCCGAAGAGGAUUCAAGGUUCUAAAGAGCCAACGCGGAUCUGAUGAGUCUUGUUCAACAAGAAGAAUCACCGUUUGUGUUGACGAAAACUUAAAGGAACAACGUUCAUUCACUGUUGUAGCUCCAAAUUACGUAAUUGAUUCAAAUCGUCUUGAUCGAAUGAUGAUUGCCCAUGAAACACCAAUUUCAUCUUAUCAAAUCAAUGAAUACUCCAGCUCACUCAUUAUUGCACCAUUGAAAGAUGCAUGUUUCGUAGUUCCAUUAGUAAAGCAAGGUGAAAUGGUUGAAGAAGAAGUCAAAGCUUACAUCAUUAAGAUUAAUAAAAAUGACAAGCCUACAGUUGGUUCAAUCCAAAUCCAAAAGGAAUGCUCUGUAAGAGCUCGUCGUGCUGCUCCUGAUCAAUCAAACAGUUCAGCUAGCACCGCUAAACCUAAUCGGUCAUCAGGUUCACAACAACCCAACAACAACCAAGGAAGAGAUUAUGCUAAUCAGGUAGAAGAACAACAAACAUACCAAGAACCUUAUCCAGCUCCAGCAUAUGAAGCACCCGUAAAAGGAUACGCACCAGCUCCAGCACCAACUUACGAACCAGCAUACCCAGCUCCAGCUUAUGAAGCUCCAGUUAAAGGAUAUGCACCAGCUCCAGCACCAGCUUAUGCUCCACCCGCAUACGAGCCUACAUACCAAGCACCAGCUUACGAAGCUCCAGCCUAUCAAGCUCCAGCAUAUGAAGCUCCAGUUAAAGGAUAUGCACCACCUCCACCACCACCAACAUACGAGCCAGCUUACCAAGCACCAGCUUAUGAGCCACCAGUUAAAGGAUAUGCACCACCUCCACCACCAGCUUACGCUCCACCAGCUUACGAAGCUCCAGCCUAUCAAGCCCCAGCUUACGAACCUCCAGCUAAAGGAUAUGCACCACCUCCACCACCACCAACAUACGAGCCAGCUUACCAAGCACCAGCUUAUGAACCUCCAGUUAAAGGGUAUGCACCACCUCCACCACCUGCAUACGCUCCUCCAGCAUACGAAGCUCCAGCAUAUCAAGCACCAGCCUACGAACCUCCUGCAAAGGGCUAUGCUCCUUUACCUCCUCCUCCUGCCUAUGCCCCACCAACAUACGAAGCUCCCGCUUAUCGACAAACUCAAGUAUCUGGUCAAGAUAGGCAAAGAACCAUCAAUCCACAGCUUGAAUUUAUACAGUCAGCCGAGAAGUUCUAUCGAACUUUUCCAGGCUUGUUAAAGACCGGUUAUUUCCAGACGAACAAUCAAUACAAUUCUGACGGCAUUGUGACGCUUUCUUAUUUGCAUUCAGGCCGAUCCACUCAACUUAGAUAUGGUAAUUCAUUUGCUUCUAACAAUGGACAGCAAGCACGAAACCCAUCAAAUUCUCAAAGAGGAAAUUCUCAAAACCAACGAGGUUACAACAUGAAUCAAGCUUUACCACAAUCUAGAGCAGCUCGACCCAACAUGUGGUCACAAAACAGCCGAGGAUCUAGGAUGUCUCAACGACAAGCAGCUUACCCUGUUGGAAGUAACAUGCUCCGAAACGAGAGAUUUGCACAAGCUUCAGAAUUGAGAGGUGUUGUAGAGUGUGGUCUCCAACAAGUUGCUUCCUCUUGUCCCGUUUGUCUACCUCGAUUGGAAGUUAGCAUGCUUGAUAACAUGUGCAACAGUACAUCAGUUCUAUCCAUCAUCAAGCCAACCCAAAUAAAAAAGGAACAGAUAACUUGUGGUACAUUCACUGUCAAUCACUCAUAUGGUAAAAACGUAAACAGCACCAAUAUUCCAGAACCAUUCACAAUUAACGACGAUUGUAAAUGUGACUCACUCGAUUACAGCUAUGCUAUCAUUAUAUCAGAUCUGAUGAAAUCUGAUGAAACAAAGGCUACCCGAACUCCCAAAGCAUUUGGUGCAGAAACCACUAUCAUUCCUGCCACACCAUCAAAUGUUCAAAAUUUCGCCACUUUCUAUGCUACUGUAUGUUAGAUGAAUAAAUAACUUCUAAAUUUA